UUAGCGCGUCGCACGACGCACACUCGUUGUUCGGUGAUCUUUGUGCGCUGCUGCAAUUGUCUACCUAAUUAGAUAAUUUGACAAAAUUUGUCCGUCCUCCCCGACGCGACCGUUUCGGAUGCGAAUACUAACACGGAUGCUGCGAGGAUGAGUGUGGAAGUCAUUUCCGAGCGCAGUGGGCUGCUGCUGACCAUCGUAAGGCCCACAGUGGUAUUCGUGGUCCUGGUCAUAAUCGCGGUCACCUUGUUUCAUCUGUGGAUGCAAUCACGAAGAUAUGUGAAACUGGGAAAUAAAAUACCCGGCCCCAAGGCAUACCCACUGAUCGGGAACGCCAACAUGGUGCUAGGGAAAAGCCACGACGAAGUGAUGAGAAAAGGGAUGGAGUUGAGUUUCAUAUACGGGAGUGUGGCCCGGGGCUGGUUGGGAUAUCAUUUGCUAGUGUUUCUAACGGAACCGGCAGAUAUUGAAAUUAUUCUGAACAGUUAUGUGCAUUUGACCAAAUCCAGCGAGUAUCGGUUCUUUCAACCAUGGCUCGGAGAUGGACUGUUGAUCAGCAGUGGUGAAAAGUGGAAAUCCCACCGGAAGCUGAUAGCUCCGGCGUUCCAUAUGAAUGUGUUAAGGACUUUUAUCGACCUGUUCAAUGACAAUAGUUUGGCGGUGGUAGAGAGGAUGCGCAAGGAGGUUGGGAAGGAGUUUGAUGUACAUGAUUACAUGAGUGAAGUAACGGUGGAUAUCCUGCUGGAAACGGCGAUGGGAUCGACCAGAACCGGUGAGAACAAGGAGGGAUUCGAGUACGCGAUGGCGGUAAUGAAAAUGUGUGACAUCCUGCACACGCGCCAGCUCAAGGCCUACCUCCGCCCGGAUAUGCUGUUCAAUCUGACGAGCGUGAAGCGCGAACAGGACCGCCUGCUCGGUAUCAUCCACGGCCUCACCCGUAAAGUGGUCAAGCAGAAGAAAGAAAUUUUCGAGAAAAACUACGCCGAAGGUAAACUUCCGUCGCCUACGCUAUCGGAAAUUAUCGCCAAAGAAGCGGAAGAUCUAUCACCGGGUUCCCCAACGAGACCGGUGAUCUCACAGGGCUCAAUGCUGACGGACGAUUUGGAUCUCAACGAUGAGAACGAUAUCGGUGAGAAGCGUCGGCUAGCUUUUCUGGACUUGAUGAUCGAAACCGCCAAAACUGGGGCCGAUUUGAGCGAUGAGGAGAUCAAAGAGGAAGUGGAUACGAUCAUGUUCGAGGGCCAUGACACAACAGCCGCCGGGUCGAGUUUUGUGUUGUGUUUGUUGGGUAUUCAUCAGGAAAUUCAGGAUCGAGUUUAUGAAGAACUGAAACAUAUCUUCGGGGAUACCAAACGGAAGGCCACCUUCGGUGACACCCUGGAGAUGAAAUAUUUGGAGCGGGUAAUCUUCGAAACACUUCGCAUGUAUCCCCCGGUUCCGGUAAUUGCUCGGAAGACUACAGAGGAAGUACGUUUGGCUUCGCAUGAUUAUAUAAUCCCCGCGGGAACGACGGUUGUGAUCGGAACGUAUAAAUUGCACCACCGGGAAGACAUCUAUCCCAACCCAGAUGUGUUCAACCCGGAUAACUUUUUGCCGGAAUGCACUCAGUCCCGACAUUAUUACAGCUAUAUUCCAUUCAGCGCAGGCCCACGAAGUUGCGUCGGUAGGAAAUACGCUAUGCUGAAGCUGAAGGUGCUCUUAUCGACCAUCCUCCGCAACUAUCGGGUUGUGUCCGAUUUGAAGGAGUCCGACUUCAAACUCCAGGCGGAUAUCAUACUGAAGCGCACCGACGGCUUCAGGAUUCGGCUGGAACCAAGACUGUAACCACACCACACAACCCGAACAACAGCACUUUGCGUGCAGAUAAGAAGGGGUCAUCAAGUCGCGACGUCAGAGCCUUUGGCCAUCGCAUUGCAUCCCUCAGAGAUCCCUCUAAAUGAUGAUUGUCUCGAUUUAUGAUACGGUGUUAAUUGAAUUGUUCGGUUCCUUAAACAGAAUUGUAUUUUUAUCUCUACGAAAAACUCGCUUGUCCGUCUUGCUCGUCCUUUUUCGGGCCUACCUUUCGCUUUCGCAUAUCCAAGAGAGAUAAUAAAAACCUCUCUCUCCA